AUUGCUUCCAAGUAUGACCAUCAGGCAGAGGAAGAUCUUCGCAACUGGAUAGAGGAGGUGACAGGCAUGAGCAUCGGCACCAACUUCCAGCUGGGCCUUAAGGAUGGCAUCAUCCUCUGCGAACUCAUAAACAAGCUUCAGCCAGGCUCGGUGAAGAAGGUCAACGAGUCUUCGUUAAACUGGCCUCAGCUGGAGAAUAUUGGCAACUUUAUUAAAGCCAUUCAGGCUUAUGGUAUGAAGCCACAUGACAUAUUUGAAGCAAAUGAUCUUUUUGAGAAUGGAAACAUGACCCAAGUUCAGACUACCUUGGUGGCUCUAGCAGGUCUGGCCAAAACCAAAGGGUUCCAUACGACCAUUGAUAUUGGAGUUAAGUAUGCAGAAAAACAAACAAGACGUUUUGAUGAAGGAAAAUUAAAAGCUGGCCAGAGUGUAAUUGGCUUGCAGAUGGGAACCAACAAAUGUGCCAGCCAGGCAGGUAUGACGGCCUAUGGGACUAGGAGGCACCUCUAUGAUCCCAAAAUGCAAACCGACAAACCUUUUGACCAGACCACAAUUAGCCUGCAGAUGGGCACCAACAAAGGAGCCAGCCAGGCUGGCAUGUUGGCACCAGGUACCAGAAGAGACAUCUAUGAUCAGAAGCUAACAUUACAACCAGUGGACAACUCGACUAUUUCUCUACAGAUGGGUACCAACAAAGUUGCUUCCCAGAAAGGGAUGAGUGUGUAUGGCCUUGGGCUGCAAGUACAUGAUCCCAAAUACUGUGCUGCUCCCACAGAAGCUGUCAUUCAUGAUGGAAGUCAAAGAACAGGAACAAAUGGAUCAGAGAUCAGUGAUAGCGAUUACCAGGAAGAAUACCCAGAGGAGUAUCAUGGCGAGUGCCAGAGAUUACCAAUAUGGUGACCAAGGCAUUGAUUAUUAGAUUCAUACAGAGAAGUUCAGUAUUUAGUCCAUUGUUUUUAUCCAGUGAGAACCAAGCUAGCCUUGAGUAAUUUUUAUCUUGUCUUCCUAAAACACUAUUAUGCUUAUUGUACCUAAUAAAAAAAAAUUGCCUUACAUACAUUCCUUUUUCCUUUUUCUGCCUCUUCCCUAAAUAGUUGCCUUUUAGUGCUGUAACAGUUAAAUCGUACAGCAUAACCGAUAACUCGCAUAUGAAGUAAAAGGAAUACUGUGAAAGGGGAGUACUCUUGUACAGCCAAUUCUCUUAUUAAAGAUCUAUGCAUUUUUACAAUCUUAUACUUAAACUGGUAUUUUCAAACAAUAGCAAACUUUUUUUUUUACAGUUUAGUGUAUUUGGUUUCUACAUGGAAGACUAAACUCAUGCUUAUUGCUAAAACGUGGUCUUUGCCAACUAAAUCUAAGAUGCAGCAUUUUAGAAAUUGAUGUUUUUACAGUAUUGUUUGCUAAUUUUUAAAUAAAGUCAUGAUCAGUGU